UUUACUCAUUAUAAGGGAAAGGGGGAAGUCUAGAGAAAGAGAGAGAGAGCCGCUUCCGGUCCUUGCUGUUUAGAGAGAGAAAGAGAAGGUCGGUCUUCCUAGCUUGUGGGUUGUGAGCAUUGGACCUUCUUCUUUUGUGGGCAGUCACUCUCCUUUGGUGGUGGAGGUGGAAGAAGCAGGAUGUCUGCGAGAAGGCGCAUGCUCCUCAAGGUCAUCAUCCUCGGCGAUAGCGGGGUUGGUAAGACGUCUCUGAUGAACCAAUACGUUAAUCGUAAGUUUAGCAACCAGUACAAAGCGACAAUUGGAGCCGAUUUUCUGACUAAAGAAGUCCAGUUUGAGGAUAGACUGUUCACCUUGCAGAUAUGGGAUACAGCUGGUCAGGAGAGGUUUCAGAGUCUAGGCGUGGCUUUCUACCGUGGAGCAGACUGCUGUGUUCUUGUUUAUGAUGUAAACGUUAUGAAGUCAUUUGAUAAUCUCAACAAUUGGCGUGAGGAGUUCCUUAUUCAAGCAAGCCCAUCAGACCCAGAAAAUUUUCCUUUUGUGGUAUUGGGGAACAAGGUAGAUGUAGAUGGUGGGAACAGCCGAGUUGUAUCUGAGAAAAAGGCGAGAGCAUGGUGUGCUUCUAAGGGAAACAUACCCUACUUUGAAACCUCUGCUAAGGAAGGUAUAAAUGUAGAGGCUGCUUUCGAGUGUAUAGCAAAGAAUGCACUGAAGAAUGAGCCUGAAGAAGAAAUAUAUCUUCCGGAUACAAUUGAUGUGGCUGGGGGAAGGCAGCAAAGAUCAUCUGGUUGUGAGUGUUAAGUUAAGCUACCUGACACAGGAAACUGCAUUUUUUUCCAUUUAUUGCGGGGAAAUAACGCAUGGAAUAUUGUCUUGGAAUGUGCUAUCUAGGCUGGAGUGACUGUGGUGUAUAUUAUCUCCUCUGAAGAUGAUGGUUCUGUCUUAGAUACUAUCCUGUGAAUCUGUUUUCUGUUGUUUGGCCUUUCCUUUGAAACUGAAUAAUGAAUUAGCAGGGAGUUUAGAAUGUGGCACGUCUAUUUGGUGGCAAGUAUGAACAUUUUAAGAUA